AUGCUAGUACAUUGGCUCGGCUUGCUAGCUGGUACGGCUCUUGCACUUCAUCCUGUCAAAGAUUUUCGAACCGCGUCGUUGCAAAAGCUUAAAGGCGGCGUUUCCAAACAAAAUGUUGCCAUACAAGUUCCGGGGAAAUCUGAGUCAAAUGCUGCUUCCUACACCAUCAUUACAGUGAGCACAUUGCCGUCUCUGGCACCAACCAUUGCUGUGUCAGACAAGAUACAAUAUGUUCUUACUGACGUGUCUCAGUCGAUAUACUAUAUUAACACUACAUUUACCGAUACCGAGACUCAGUAUGAACAAACUUUCCAAUUACUUUUGGAUAGUGGCAGUGACUUCACGUGGAUAUAUAACCAGUCGUGUAGCUCUGGUGCUUGCACAAGGGAUCUGGUACCAAAAUUUAACGACAGUCGAAAGAUAAAUUCUGGCGAUAAGUUUGAGUUGUCUUACUCGGGCGACUCGGUUUCUGGAGACAUUCUUAGCACGUCUUCUACGGACAAGACAGUGUUUGCAUUUGGCUCAUUACAACUAACGAGUUUUGAAUUCGGGCUAGCCGACGAAGCACCCACGAUCUUCAAUGAUUUCAACGUUAGUGGUAUUUUGGGUAUUCCCAGUCAAUCAGAAGACCACACCAAAAGGUCAAUGUUCUCGCAACUUUAUAACGAAAAAAUUAUUGACAAGCCGGUCUUUUCAUUGGCUCUUGUCGCUUCUAAUCAGCAAAUCGAGUACUCUGGAAACGUCUCAGCAUUACCAGACAACUACGGAGGUUUGAUGUUCUUUGGGUCAGAAGUGGCUAAAAACCAGCAAACUUUCACCGACUCUGUCAAGUCAUCUCAACAUUCAAAGCAAUGA